GAGAGAGAGAGAGAUAGCGACAGAAUGGCGAUGGGAGGGAACGGAGGGGGAGUGGAGUGGCACUUGCGGCCUCCGAACCCGAAGAAUCCGGUCGUGUUCUUCGACAUAACCAUCGGCACCAUCCCCGCCGGUCGAAUCAAGAUGGAGCUCUUCGCCGAUAUCGCCCCCAAAACUGCCGAAAACUUCAGGCAAUUCUGCACCGGGGAGUACAGAAAAGCUGGUCUUCCUGUUGGGUAUAAGGGGUGCCAAUUCCAUAGGGUUAUCAAGGAUUUCAUGAUUCAAGCCGGUGACUUUUUGAAGGGUGAUGGAAGCGGAUGCGUUUCCAUAUAUGGGCACAAGUUUGAUGACGAAAAUUUUAUCGCCAAGCACACCGGUCCUGGUUUAUUAUCAAUGGCCAACAGCGGACCCAACACUAAUGGAUGUCAGUUUUUCAUAACCUGUGCAAAGUGUGAUUGGCUCGAUAACAAGCACGUCGUCUUUGGGAGAGUGCUCGGCGAUGGUCUUUUGGUAGUGAGGAAGAUCGAGAAUGUAGCUACAGGACCCAACAACAGGCCUAAACUGGCCUGCGUUAUUGCUGAAUGUGGGGAAAUGUGAAUCUCCCAGAUUCAGUAUGGUCCAUUGUGCAUUAUUACCUAUUUAAAAGAAGGGUCUCUUUAUCGUAUUCCGCACUUGCCUUUGGAGCAGAAUGCUUGUUUUCCUCUGUGAUAUUCCUGGAAUCCUGGUGGAUUUAAGAAUGGACUGAAGAUUUCAUCCUUA